AUCACGCCCGAUAUAAACCACGCAGGUCGCCUGCUUUCGCUUCCAUCUAUACGGUUGUAUUAUAGCCUUGUAAUUCGUCCCGAGCAAGCACUACUCCGCAAUGCUUCCUCGAUCUUCUUUUCGCGCAACCAGAGCUCUCGAGCUUCCCGUCAGCUAUGCGCCCCGUCAGUCGUUGCGCGCGAACUGCCUAAAGAGCAGACGUACACAAACUCAGCGGAGAUGCAUGGGCGAGUUCCCUCGCAACUAUAAGAUUAAGCCCGACCCGCUGGAAGAAUGGCGAAAUCCCCCACCCAGCAAGUGGCCGAACAGGAUUCGACUGCUCAUGAUGCCCUUCCUUGGCGCAAUUAUAUAUUCUAUGUGGACCGAGUCGGACUCGCUGAAGACGGAAACGCCCUCAAUCGCACAAAAAGAUGCCCUUCUCAAGCGCGAGAACGGUGUUUCCCAAGAAUCGCCUAUGCGCCUACGAAUGGAACAAUUCAUAAAGCAGCAUCAGAAGCAGAUUGUUUCUGAACUGGAGAAGGUCGACGGUACAAAAUUCACGAUUGACUCGUGGCAGCGGCCAGAGGGUGGUGGUGGCAUUACUUGCGUGCUGCAGGACGGCAAGGUUUUCGAGAAGGGCGGCGUGAACACCUCAGUGGUGUAUGGCCGCCUGCCUCGCGCCGCCAUUCAGAAGAUGCGCGUGAACCACAAGGCGCUCGAUCCUGACGUUGACUCGCUCGAAUUUUUCGCCGCAGGCCUGUCCAUGGUCUUGCAUCCCUCGAAUCCCAACGCGCCGACAGUCCACCUGAACUACCGCUACUUCGAAACCGCCGACGAGCUGGGUAACACCAACGCUUGGUGGUAUGGUGGUGGCUGCGAUCUCACGCCCUCAUACCUCUACGAUGAAGACGCGAUACACUUCCACAGCGAGAUCAAGCAAGCUUGCGACAAGCACGACAAGGCAUAUUACCCACGCUUCAAGAAAUGGUGCGACGAGUACUUCAACAACAAGCACCGAGGCGAGACACGCGGUGUAGGCGGCAUUUUCUUCGAUGACCUCGAUGAGACUGAAAAGGACCAAGAGCAGCUUUUCAGCUUCGUACAGGACUGUCUGUCUGCUUUCCUGCCAUCCUACCUGCCCAUAAUCAACAAGAGGAAGGACAUGCCAUUCACAGAGGCACAGAAGCACUGGCAGCAGAUCAGGAGAGGGCGAUACGUUGAGUUCAACUUGGUGCACGACCGGGGUACAUCAUUCGGUCUGAACACGCCUGGAGCAAGAGUAGAGAGCAUCCUUAUGAGCUUGCCGCUCACAUCAAGGUGGGAAUACAUGCAUGCACCUGAGAAGGGCAGCAGAGAAGAGCGCCUGGUAGAAGUCCUCAAGAACCCUAAGGAGUGGGUAUAGAUAAAAUGUAUAAAUACUGUAACAUGUAGCAACAUCAGAGCAUUUGAAAAGGUGCGUUUUGUUCGCACAGUGUCGUCGUGACAUGCAAAGUAGCACACAUGCCACGGUCAUCGAAGUAUGCCACCGUGAAGACUAUUCACGUCCGAUCUUGUACGUGUAGAUGCUUGACUGAUUUUCCAAGACUAUGUUCCUUGAUGUGAGACAAGACGAAGUUAGAGGAUUCGUAGGGCUAUUUCGAUACGUACAACCCGCGGUUUGAUACAACCAGCAUAUCCUGAUGUUAGCACUGAGGUCGAGAACGUUCACAAAAGGAGCAUGAGUCGGAGAAGAAGGAAUGCGUCGCACGGGGCGUGCACGUGACAGGCUUCAUCUCCACCUUCAAAGUUGGCUGCAAACAGAGACUUGAUGGCGAACGCA